AUGAAGAGCAUGCUGCAGCUUCUGGGUGUGGGUUCCUUGAAUCUCUCUAUAAAAGCCGAACCCAACAUCUCUGUGAUGCACACUGAGUGUAACUGAGCUGUCUACAAUGAGCAUCCUUUGGUAUAUCACUUGCCUGCUACUGCUGCAUUUCUGCACCCCAGGUUUCUCCAUGCAUGAUGGCAUUGUUGAUGGCAAAGUCUCCGUUCCACACAGUCGACCCUACAUGGUCUACAUUCGUGACAAACUAACAAAAAUAUCAUGUGGUGGUUUUUUGGUAAAAGAGGACUACGUGAUGACAGCUGCCCACUGUAAACACAAUCAUCUUAUGGUCUAUUUGGGGGUCGAUAAUACCAACAUUUUACCUGACGGUAUAGAGGUAAAACCCAUUCCACAUGAAAACUUCACUAUGAAAAGACCAGAUCAUGACAUCAUGCUUCUAAAGCUCAAAUCCCCAGCAACUUUGAAUGAAACUGUGAAUACCAUCACUUUGCCAAAAACUGAGAAUGAAGAAAUCUCAAAGCACUGCAUGGUCAUGGGUUGGGGCUGGCAGGAUUACAACAACAUGUCUCCAUCAAAUGUGCUCAAAGAAGCAAAUGUGACUCUGAUAGACUCUGAAAACUGUGGCACGGCUGAUACUCUGUGCACUGAGGGAUCAACUGGACCAGCACAGGGAGACUCUGGGGGUCCACUAGUUUGUGGAGGUGUUGUACAGGGAAUUGUGUCAUUUUACAAAAACAGCAUAAAUGGAGACAAACUCGCUGUGUACACUCAUAUUUCCCACUACCUUCCAUGGAUUAAACACACCAUGUUGUCACCUGACAUGGCAAAGAGAUCAGAUCAAGUCUCCACACAAGGAACAUUAGAUCCAACCCCUGGACACUGGACCCGAAAACCUGUCUUGUCUGGUUUUUCCAUGCUUGACGGCACUUUUGGUGCUGAAGUCUCCGUUCCACACAGUCGACCCUACAUGGUCUACAUUCGUGAUAAAUAUACAAAAGUAGCAUGUAGUGGUUUUUUGGUAAGAGAGGAUUAUGUGAUGACAGCUGCCCACUGUAAACAAAGUCAUCUUACGGUCUAUUUGGGGGUCAAUGACACCAACCUUUUACCUGACGGUAUAGAGGUAGAUCCCAUUCCACAUCCAGAAUUCAAUAUGAAGAAAACAGGCCAUGACAUCAUGCUUCUGAAGCUCAAAACCCCAGCCACUUUAAACAAAACUGUGAGUACUAUCACUUUACCAAAAACUGAGAGUGAAGACAUCUUAAAGGACUGCAUGGUCAUGGGUUGGGGCUGGAAGAAAUACCAUGACGAGUCUCCAUCAAAUGUUCUUAAAGAAGCAAAUGUGACUCUGAUAGACUUUGAAAACUGUGGCACGGCUGAUACUCUGUGCAGUGAGGGAUCAACUGGACCAGCACAGGUAUUUAAAGUUAUACCACUCACUAAUUAUCCACGGCGUAUCAGUGCAUUUUGAUCUACUAAUAAUCAA